CAGGCGAAGCGGGGGAUUGUGAACAGACCAACAAGCCUGGAAAACCGCAGCGGACUACAACAGAAUUGUCCAUACUGAAUUAGAAGGAAAAACUUCCUCUGCAACCAUCUUUCGUGCUCAUAAAGAAACGCCAUUUAAGUUUUACAAGUCCAGCAGUUCCCUGGUCAGACAUGAAGAGCCCUCAAGGCCUGGAUCGCUGAGCAGCUGAGGUCGGCGCUAAAAACACUUGUCCUGGCAGCCAUGGCGGAUAGAGACGGGCUCGCUAUUGCCCCGGGACAAAUCUACGUCGAGGUGGAAUAUGAUUAUGAGUACAAGGCCAAAGACAAGAUGGUCACCAUCCGGCAAGGGGAGUGCUAUAUCCUAGUGAAGAAAACCAAUGAGGACUGGUGGCAGGUACGGAAGGACGAGGGCACGAAGGCUUUCUACGUGCCCGCCCAGUAUGUCCGAGAGGUGCGGCGGCCCCUGAUGCCCCCCCAAAAGCCACCCUCGAGGGCCAAACCUACCGUUUUGGAUAUCUGUCUGCCAUCAAAUGAGAACCUUAACCGGCCGCAGCCAGAGAUGUCCAGCUUUGGGCGUCCGUCGCCUUCCUCCACGCCGUCACCUUCCUCAGACCGGGUCACGCCGCCAGCCCUGCCCAAGGAUACUAACCAAAAUUUGGAGAGCCCCCAUAAUUGCAAGGUGGUGGCCGAACUGGUGCUCCUUCACAACAACAACAAUAAUCAGCAUCUGGCCAAUAAGUCGACUCCGCCACAGACGGGAGCUGACUCUCCUCCGAUGAAAGAGGAGGACAACCAGAGCAGAAGUUCAGACAGUGACAAGAUGUCCCCGCAAUGUGACCUACCAGGAAAUGGGCUCGGCAAGCUCCGCAACGACUCGGAAUCGGGCGAUGAGCUCAGUAGCAGCUCAGCAGAGCACAUGCAGGCUACAUCGCCUACGGGUCCGGGCAGGUCCGACUCACCGGUCUACACCAACCUCCAGGAGCUUAAGAUUUCCCUGUCCAGCCUUCCGCCCGUGCCCUCCGCCUCGCCUCUCCACAUCCACGGUGACUGGGAGACACACAAAGACCUGAGUGGCAGGCAUUUCUACUAUAACCGAGCCACGGGGGAGCGCACGUGGAAACCGCCACGCACCCGGGACACCAGCAGCAGCAACAGCAGCUUCCGGGGAGAAAGCCAAGCCUCGGCGGAGAGUGAGCUGGAAAACUGUCUCAGCACCCAUUCCAGUGUGUCUGACAGCCAGUACGGGUCGCCCCCUCGAGGCUGGUCUGAAGAGCUGGACGAGCAUGGGCACACCCUUUACGUCUCCGAAUACACACAAGAGAAGUGGAUAAAACACAUUGAUGAGCAAGGCCGACCUUACUACUACAAUGCUGACGGAUCCAGGUCUGAAUGGGAACUACCCAAGUACAACAUGUCCCCUCAGUCCGGUGAGGCCCCCAAGAGUCGGAGCUUGGAGAGGAAGCAGCCGGACCCAAUUAUCAUCACCAAGUGGAGGCACAGCACUUACGUCCUUGAUCUCAACGACAAGGAGUGUGCUUCGGCGCCCAAGCUGAGCUCUCCCGACUCUGACUCGUGCCCAUCAUCUCCUAAGCACCCCUCGACUCCAUCAGAAAAAUGUGGAGUCCUAAAUGUCACCAAAAUCACAGAGAAUGGAAAAAAAGUCAGGAAGAACUGGGCAUCCUCGUGGACGGUGUUACAGGGUUCCUCCCUCCUCUUUGCAAAGGGUCAAGGUGGAAGCACAAGCUGGUCUUAUUACCGCAAUGGCUCCAUCCCCGAGCUGCUCCUCACUCUUCUUAGCAACUGGAAGCAAUCUGUCAAGCCCCGUCCUGCUGUCUCCUAUGUAAAAAAGUUUGGCAGCAACCAGUCCAAGCCGGAGUUUUCCGUCGAUUUACGCGGUGCGUCCGUGGAAUGGGCCUCCAAGGACAAGUCCAGCAAGAAGCAUGUCAUUGAGCUGAAAACACGUCAGGGGACAGAACUGCUGAUCCAGUCUGAGAUUGACAGCGUCAUCAACGACUGGUACCGGGCCCUGACCGAGGCCAUUAACACACAUGUGUGGGAGUCGGAUGAGGCCAUCGAAGACGAUAUGCCGGACUCUCCGGGAGCUGAGAAACAGGACAAAGAGAAAGACUCAAAGAAGAACAGAGUUGUGAUGAAGACCUCUAUCAGUAUGGACUCAUCGGACCAGAAAAAAACUCGGGUAAAGCUCAAGAAGUUCUUGACACGCCGACCUACCUACCAGGCGGUCAAAGACAAAGGCUACAUUAAAGAUCAGGUUUUUGGCUGCAGUUUGAGCAACCUGUGCCAGCGGGAGAACACAUCCGUGCCCAAAUUUGUUAAAAUGUGCAUUGACCAUGUGGAGAAAACAGGUCUCAGUACUGAUGGCUUGUAUCGAGUCAGCGGGAACCUGGCGGUGAUACAGAAGCUCCGUUUUGCUGUCAACCAUGACGAGAAGGUGGAACUAGAUGACAUCAAGUGGGAGGACAUCCACGUCACGACAGGAGCACUCAAAAUGUUCUUCCGGGAACUUCCAGAACCUCUAUUCACUUAUGGAUCCUUCAAUGAUUUCCUUAAUGCAAUUAAAUGCUCUGACUACAAGCAGAGAGUGAACUCAAUCAUAGACUUGAUAAAGAAGUUGCCAAAACCUAACCACGACACAAUGCAAGUUCUCUUCAAACACUUGCGCAGGGUGAUAGACCACGGCGAAGCCAACCGCAUGACCACCCAGAGCGUGGCCAUCGUUUUCGGACCCACGCUCCUCCGGCCCGAGACGGAGACGGGCAACAUCGCCGUCCACAUGGUCUACCAGAACCAGAUUGUGGAGCUCAUACUGCUGGAGUACGAAAGUAUUUUUGGCAGGUAGAUAGAAAUGGCCGCCAUUAUUAUUAUUUUUUUAUUGACUGAACUCAGUGUUGCUGGGAAAUCCGACUCCCCGUUUUCAUGAGCGUUUACACAAGCAUUACCAGGCAUUGCACUUAUAAGUUGGGGAGAUCCAUUUAAUUUGAAAGGCAACAGGCCUCUCACCUUUUCAGAUGGACGAUAACCUUUCAGAUGACCUCGUGAUUUGAAUAUUCAGGGUCGAUAGUUUUGUUGUUGUUUUUGGUGCCGCAGUCACUGAUUCCGAUGAAACCUCCUUGUGUAGGAGAGCGUUAAUGGAUGCUGCUCCAGUGGCGUGCGUUGAAGGCAGACUCGCACCUCGUAAUGUUGCCUGAACUGUGUUGGUCUUCUGUGUUGUGGCGCUUCGGUCGUGACGCCAGUUAUGCCAUAAAUCGAGUUUUUCUUUGUCGUUGUCUUGUUGUUUGUUUUUUGCACUUGGAUAAACUGGAGCAGUGUUUCACAUUGUGCCCCAUGAUCCCGCCCCCACCUCACCCACUAAGUGUUAACCAGAUGGAGAGCUAAAACAGUAUUUGUCGAUGGGAGUGAAUUAAAACCUGCACAGAAGCAUCUUUCGUCUUGCCACUUUGUAGAGAAAUGUGUCGUGUCGUCAUGUCAACGUGCUUCGGUGAAGUCUACGCGCUCUGUGCUCCUUUUACAAACCCAAAUCUGACGAUUUGGUUUGUCCAACUCCGAGGUACUGCGGUCGUUUUUUUGAACCACAAUUUACGAUUUUGCGUCGUAGGGGUGCCGAACCUACGCUAAGCUAAUGAUGAAGUAUUCCGACAAGGGCGAAUAUAGCAAGAGUGCUCGUUGUUACAAGGUGUUCCGGGAUUGGUGUGUACAGUUGAUUUUCCAGUUUGUACAUUUGAAUUCAAAGAUGACAGAAUGCAGAUUGUGAAAAAGAGAAGAAGAAGAAAAAAAAAUAAAGACUGUUCCUUCUGUUCCUGCAGUGUUUACAUGUGAUCAGCUGCACAUUUGAAUGUAAUUUUUCAAGCUAACUGCUGUUUGUGAAAUUGCUCUGUUUAAUAAAAAAGAAAAAUCAAACAAGAA